AUGGCGACUGAAGACGAGCGCUACCGGCAGUCGAGCCAGUUUCGGCUCUGGUCAUUUACAACGGCCAACCUACAAGAGCUACGCGCAAAGACAAACUCGCUCGCUCGAGAACAGAUCGCUCCUCGACUCGCGACAGAUCCUCCUCCCGACUUCCUCACCCCCGAUGAAGAAAUCCGUCUUGUUAAGUUCUUCACCGUAGAGCUUAUUCGCGCGGCUCAGUUCUGCGAACUUCCUACCGAGAUUCGAGCAACGGCCGCCAUUUUCCUGCGACGGUUCUACGUGACCAACUCAGUCAUGACAUACCCAGCGACCGACCUUCUCAAGACAUCACUAUUUUUCGGCUGCAAGGCCGAAGGUUUCUUCUACAAACUAAACGCUUUUUCGGAAAAGUUUCCCAACACAACAGGCGAACAGAUUCUUGCCGGAGAGUUCCUUCUCUGCCAGGGAAUUCGCUUUGCAUUCGAUGUGCGACAUCCUUUCAGAGCGCUUGAGGGUGCCAUUCUAGAACUCAGGCGAAGGCUACCUGAUGAAGAAACGCGAAUCAAUAAGGCACACGCUCAAGCGCGCGAAAUUCUCAAAUUCAGUCCUUUAGUGACAGAUGCGUACUUUCACUAUGCGCCAAGUCAAAUCAUGAUGGCAGCGCUUUCCAUGGUUGAUCACGGAUUGCUCGACAUUCUGAUCACUUCUCCGGGUCAGGGCGGGAAUGCCAGCCAGGAAGCAGUCUUUGCAAACAUGCGGGAUAAGAUCCUUGGAGCUGUCGACAGCUGUCGCAAGAUGCUUGAGGAGGAACCACCAGAGAGGAUGACGGAUUACUGGGGAACGCCCGAAAUCAUCAAGGCAAUGAAACCCCUUCGGAAGAAACUCCAGAAAUGUCGCGAUCCGGAUCGAGCGAAUCUCGUCAAUCUUCAACGAGCGAGGCGAGAGCAGGUCAUGAACAAAGAAAAGAAGGCAGAGGCAAGCGAGGAUGGAACGGUAUUUGGGGAGGAUUCAAGAGAAACAAAAAGGGUGAAACUUGAGAAUGCAGAUCCUUUUGGCCCUCCUCUCUGA